UUGUGGAAGUUCAUUCUUCACCCGGUCAGGGCUUCAGCCUAUAACUGAGCUUUAAACUGAGCUAUACGUAGUUCUCCCUGGUUUGUAAGUACAGUAUGUGUUAUCCAUCCUAGAACCUUCAUUCAUUCAUUGAGGUACCUCUCCCUGUCUCAUUUUAUUUGCAUUCUGUAUUCUUCCUUCUUAAAACAUUUAUCCUUGAAUUUCUUUGUGUUUGAAGCAAUGGAUUAGUGCUCUAGAGCAUCAACUUGGAACUUCCUACUUGAAGAGUUUACAGUUGCAGUUCAAAGUGUUGGUUGUGACUGAUAAAGCCUGAUACAAUUUCAGACUGUUUAAAAGACCUCAGUCUCCUGAUGAGUCUGUCAGGGCUUUUAGGAAUUCUAGGAGAGGCCCUUCUCUAAAACAAAGCCUUAAGGGUUUUCCUAUGUACAUUUGUGGAAUUAGUAAUAUUAAGUCUGCAUUUUAAGAACCUGAUACUGGUUCUAAAACUGAUAACAUGAUUUUAUAAAUGUUUUAGUCUAGCUUAGUCUCCGAUGAGCCUUCUCUGUCUUGAGGAGUUAAUAAGGUGCACUGCCAUAUGGAAUCGUGUUCGGUAGCUUUUAAAUCACCUGUUCUUCCCCUCAGAUACUGUUGGUAACAGUUGCCAUGCAAAACCUUCUGCAAGAGCUUUUGCAGAUUUGAGGUGAAAACCCUAAAGGGUUAGAUGUAGGUUCUUCACUCUUAAAGCAUCUUCACUUAUGGAGGAAAAUCCUUGGUCACUUAGAAAUAUGGAAGACAGCAGAGCCAGACAGUUCGUGGAUAAUCCCUAAGACUUACCCCAGAAGCCAGCGGAUGGAGAACACUGACUCAGUGUGAUGUACCACAUGCCUCACUUGCAGGAUGAACAAGAUUUCCUUAUGCAGAGAAGUUAAUCAAGAACAGUGAUAACCAUUGAAUGAUCUUACCAUGCACUGAACAACUUGCGAGAAUCAGGUGCUUAAGCCUGGGAAAAUGUCUGCUUGCAAUGCUUUCACUGAACAUGUCUGGAAACCAGGAGAAUGUAAAAACUGCUUCAAGCCAAAAAACUUGCACCAGUUGCCUCCAGCCCCUGAAAAAAACCCAGCUUCAAAUACAAAUCUAAAAACCAAUGCAACCCACAACAAUAACCAACGUUCUAGAAAUACAGGGAAUUUUCGACCUCCAGUGGCAAAGAAACCAACUAUAGCUGUGAAGCCCACCAUGAUGACAAUAGAUGGACAGGUUAUAUGUGGCGAAGUCAGCUCACAAGAUCUUUGUGAGAACAAGCCAGUUUCUGUAGGGUGGAAUCAAAACAGAACUGUUGUGAACAAAAAACCACUGAAUAAUAAUAAUGAAGAAGAAAUUGAAGGUUAUAGCCAUGUACCUAGGCCUUAUGGGAAUAGUGAUGAUGUAGGUAAAUCUCCAAGCAACAAUAAUGGACUGACAGAUGUACUGAAGGAAAUUGCAGGUUUAGAUAACCCAUCUCCUCUAACAGGAAAUGAACUUAAUUCAAGGGAAGCUUUCUUAGGAAGAAUAAACAAUUGUUAUAAAAGAUCAUUAGAAAGAAAGAUGCCUCCAAGUUGCAUGAUGGGUGGAAUGAAAGAUUCACAAAAUAAGCAUGUUGUUCUAAGUGGAAGCACUGAUGUAAUAAGUAAUGAAGGUGGUCGUUUCUGUUACCCAGAAUUCUCCAGUGGGGAUGAAAGUGAGGAUGAUCUGUUUUUUGGCAGCAUCCAUGACGACCAUGAGAGCUGGGAUGAAAGUGAUGAAGAGCUCUUAGCAAUGGAGAUCCGUAUGAGAGGACAGCCACGUUUUGCAAAUUUUAGGGCUAACACGCUAUCACCUGUCCGAUUCUGUGUUGACAAAAAAUGGAACACGGUGCCUUUAAGGAACAGGUCUCUCCAGAGGUUUUGUGCAGUAGACUAUGAUGACAGCUAUGAUGAAAUUUUGAAUGGUUAUGGAGAUGACCCCAUGAUCCUUUAUGGGCAAGAAAGCAUGCAGAGCAUGGUCUCGUCUGAUUCCAUGUCUCCUGACUCUUCUCUCACGGAGGAGUCUUGCUCUGGGACAGCCAGUAGUUCCUCUCAAAGGCUCUGCAAUGGUGCAUUAUCUCCUAGCACUCCUAAAGAGAUAAAGUCAAUUGAAGAAGGAUAUAAAGGUAUUAUUGAUGAUCAGCAACUGAAACCUGCAUCUAAAAGUCCUCAGAGUGCUACCAAAACUUUGGAGACUCAUAAGGCUGUGCUUGCCCUUAGAUUGGAAGAGAAGGAUGGCAAGAUUGCUGUUCAGAGCGAUAGGCCAAAAUGCAAAAGUCCUUCAAGUAUGCCAGCUCAAGCAGCAAAUACAAAUUUGGUUCAUGCAGAAGAACAAGCUAAACCAUAUAGAAUAGUAAAUAUGGAACAACCCAUAUGUAAGCCAUACACUAUAGUGGAUGUAUCAGCAGCCAUGACUCAUGAAUGUAUAGAAAAUCAAGCGAAAAGUUUAGAUGCAAAAAGUGUCCUGACUAAUCCAAAUUCGCCUGAUAUUCUAAGUACAAAUGCUUUGCCUAAUUCUGUGUCAUCAGGGCAAGUAAAUAGCAAUCUUAAAAAAUCGAGUGCAGUCAGAUAUCAGGAAGUUUGGACUUCAAGUACAAGUCCACGACAAAAGAUUCCCAAAGUGGAGCUAAUUGCCAACACCCCAGGACCUUCUGUACCUGUACGGAAAAACAUCCAUAAAUCUGCCCCUACUUCACCUACUUCAACAAACAUUUCUACAAAAACCAUCCCUGUUAAAUCGCCUAAUUUGUCUGAAAUAAAAUUCAAUAGUUACAACAAUGCUGGCAUGCCACCAUUCCCAAUUAUUAUUCAUGAUGAACCAACUUAUGCUAAGAGCUCCAAGAACGCAAUCAAAGUUCCUAUUGUAAUAAACCCAAAUGCAUACGACAACCUAGCCAUUUAUAAAAGCUUUCUAGGAACUAGUGGAGAUCUCUCUGUUAAAGAUAAAACCACUAGUGUCAUCAGUCACACAUAUGAAGAAAUAGAAGCUGAAAAUACAGCAUCUGAAAAUAUAUUUAACAAAUCUGCUGAACUUUCCCAAUCUAAAGGAUCAGCUAAUAGCACUGAGAGAAAAUUGGGUUCUGUGGCUCAGAAGGUUCAGGAAUUUAACAGCUGUAUUGGUAAAGGUCAGACAUCACUAAAAAAUCCUGAUCAUAGUUCCCCAACAAAAAUACAAAGAGCUCUUCAAGACAUUGGAUCCAAAACAGACGAUGCACAGGAGACAUCUAAUGGCAGUCGGGAAAAUGCUUGCACAGUGCUAUCUCAGAUUGUAGCAUCUAUCCAGCCUCCACUGUCUCCCCCAGAAGCAUCUCAGAGUGAGCCCAAAUCUUGCAGUUCUGAAGAACUAUAUUCUUUACCUCCUGAUGCAGACACAGGUAAAAGCAUUGCAGUGCGACCCAAAUCUCUCUUUACAGUACAAUCCAGUGCUGAUGCUGAAGCAGUCAAAUCUACAGAAAUGUUAACAACGGAAAUCCCACCAAAGUCACUAGUCACUCAGUCCUCAAAGCCAGUGUCACCCUCCCACAAUUCUGCAAGCCCCAAAAGUGAGCAGGUUCCCCCAUUCCCUCCUCCCCGUUCCACAUCUUCGCCUUACCAUGCCAGCAAAGUGUUGCAAAGACAUUUCAGCAAUUGGACCAAACCAUUGAGCCCUGUCAGAUCAACAGAGGCUGAAUCUGUUUUGCACUCAGAAGGUAGACGGGCUGUUGAUGCAAAGCCCAAGCGCUGGAUAUCCUUUAAGAGCUUCUUUCAUCGCAGAAAGACAGAUGAUGAGGAAGACCGUGAGAGAGAGAAAGGGAAACUGGUGGGUCUUGAUGGGACUGUGAUUCACAUGCUCCCACCUCCUCCUGUUCAGCGUCAUAAUUGGUUCAGUGAGUCAAAAACAGAUGCCAGUGAGAAACCCUCUAUUGUUUUUAUGUUUAAAUGUGAACAAGCAAAGAUGGAGGCAAAAUCUGAUCAACAUAAGACUGAGGUGGAAUCAAGAGUUGAUAGUAUGACAACAGAGAGAGAAGAGUCUCCCGAAGUGUCAGAAGAAAAUCUGAAGAGUAAUUCUUCACCACCUCAAGUCUCAACAGAAAUUCUGAGCUCACCAGACCCCAGUGGAAUAAAUGCUUCACCAGAGUUUCGAGACAUGAUUAAAAGGCUCAAGAAGGCUCUGAGAGAAUUUCCUUUAAUGGGGAACUGUGUGAGUGAGUAUAGUGGUCAAGUGCCUGAUGAGCAAACAGUGGAAAAUUUGUCCCCUCGUAUUCCACGAUCUGUGUUUGAAAAACAGGACAGUGGCAGUAAUGUGGCCUUCACUCCACUGUCCCCUCCAGAAAUAUCACAAGGGGAGGAAGAAAAGGAAGAAAUGUCUGAUUCUUCUGACAUCAGUGCCUGCAGUGCUACAUAUAGUAACUUAGGGCAAUCCAGAGCAGCCAUGAUACCUCCAAAGCAUCCACGACAACCAAAGGGGGCUUUAGAUGAUGCCAUUGCUUUUGGUGGAAUAUCUGAUCUGGAAAUGGCUACCACCUUACAUCCAACACCACCUCCACUGCCAAAGAAAACUAUUCUAAGAGCUCACACAGAACCAAUUCCAAAAGAACUCCAGAGCAGCCUAUGUGUGAUGGCCAACCCUACCUAUGACAUCGAUACCAACUGGGAAGCUAGCAGUGCAUGCUCUUCAGUCAGCUCAGAAUUCAAGGCAUUGGAUAAUGAGUCGGGAGAUUCCUUGGAUAGGCCUCCAACAAAAGGACUGGCAAUCUCCUCAGGUGCCAAUAGUUUUUCCAGCCUAGCUGCUAUCAGUAUUAAGGACAGAAGUUCUAACAGCAUGGAGUCUCUGUCCAGUAGGCCUGUCACCCACAGCAAGCAUAGCAAAACUGUCCAGAAGUCUCAGAGACAAGCACUUUAUAGAGGAAUUGAAAACAGAGGAGAAGUGGUAAGCAAGAUCAGAAGUCUUCACACUGAUUCCCUGAAGAAGCUAUCUGUCAAGUGUGAAGACCUAUUCAUGGCUGGACAGAAAGACCAACUUAGAUUUGGAGUAGACAGCUGGUCAGACUUCAGAUUAACCAGUGACAAACCAUGCUGUGAAGCUGGUGAUGCUGUCUACUACCCAGCUUCUUAUGCAAAAGAUCCACUCAAUAACUAUGCAGUGAAGAUAUGUAAAAGCAAAGCUAAAGAAUCCCAGCAGUAUUACCACAGUUUGGCUAUCCGUCAGAGCUUGGCUAUUCAUUUUAACAUACAGCAGGACUGUGGCCAUUUCCUCGCUGAUGUGCCUGUUCGGCUCCUUCCUUGGGAGGAUCCCAAUUCGCCGGAAGAAGAAGAGGAAGAGCAGGAUGAGGAUGAGCAAAAGAACAAAGAAAGCCCCUCCGGUGUGGAUGUGUCACAGAAAGACAGUUCAGGUCUGCCAGGAACCAUCAGCAAGCAGCGCAGCCGAGUUGUGGUUAUCACCAGAGAGGUUCCAUAUCUAACUGUGGCCGAUUUUGUGCGAGAAUCUUCAGAUCGCCAUGCCAGCAGCCCAGACUUUUAUGAAAGGCAGGUGUGCCUCCUACUUUUACAACUCUGUUCUGGUCUAGAGCAUCUGAAGCCCUAUCAUAUCACACAUUGUGAUCUGCGUUUGGAGAAUCUCUUACUGGUGGACUACCGGCCAGGGGGCAGCCUUCUCAGCUAUGAGUCUGUGGAGCCCAAUCCCUCGGCUGCUUGCCCUGCCAGGCUUAUAGUGAGCAAUUUCUCUCAAGCCAAACAAAAGACUCACAUGGUCGAUCCAGAAGUCCUCAAGGACCAGUCCCGCCUUGCCCCAGAGAUUAUCACAGCAACACAGUAUAAGAAAUGUGAUGAGUUCCAGACUGGCAUCCUCAUUUACGAAAUGUUACACCUGCCCAACCCCUUUGAUGAAAACCCAGAGUUGAAGGAGAGAGAGUAUACUCGGGUUGACCUGCCCAAAAUCCCUUGCCGUUCACUUUACUCCUUGGGGCUUCAGCAACUCGCUAACUGCUUGCUAAACCCUAAUCCAUCAGAGAGGAUCCUUAUAUCUGAGGCCAAGGGAGUCCUUCAGUGUUUGCUUUGGGGUCCCCGAGAGGAUUUGUUUCAGACUCUUAAUGCCUCUUCCAGACCAGCACAAAGAGAGACUGUGCUCCAGAACUGGCUGGACAUCAAACGGACGCUGCUGAUGAUCAAGUUUGCUGAGAAGUCUUUGGACAGGGAAUGUAAAGUGAGCCUUGAAGACUGGCUUUGUUGUCAGUAUCUGGCUUUUGCCACUACAGACUCCCUCGAUCGCAUAGUGAAGAUCAUGCAGCAACGUUAGUUUGUAUGACCUGCUGCUUUCACUUGGAUGGCCCUCUGUCCUUUCUCCAGCCCAACCCUCAUGCUAUGUGCAAGUAUUAAAAUUCCAAUCUGGGUCCCAAGGUCACCAACACUGAAUUAACAGAUCUCAGUAGGAAGGGCUGUUUCCAGUCAGAGGUGCAAAGGAGAGGUCUGGAGCCCAUUGCCUAGUAUUGCUGGUGGCUGUGCAAGGAAGUGUGGAAACUUAAAAGGGAAACCACUACUGCCAUUCUUGUUUUAAUCUAUGCCCAGGGACUUCUGUGUGAAGUCCCUGCAUAUUGCAAAGGGCAGCACCCAGUGACAAAUAGAAAUGAGUAUGAAGUCUGUCAUGAUUGAGCCAGCAUGAUGCAAGCCAUUAUCCACAAAGAUAUGUCCUCUGUCUCAUGGUUCUUGUCAGCCCAGCCCAUCGAAAGGUGACUCAGCCUUAACAGUCCUUGAAGGGCAGCUUUGAUUUUAUCCUUCCUAAUGAGAAAGCACUUUCAAACACCAGCAGGGAGUGGUGAUUCAUUUAUAGCCAUCCUGAACAAAUUGCCUCUUUUCUCUUAUUCUUGCUGAGAGGCAAAGUAUACAUUUUGGGCAAAAACCCAGGGUUUUUUUUGUAAUAAAAAAGAACUUUGAAUACUGAAGAGGAAGUGGGGCUUAACCCUUUUUUCCCACUGGCCCUAUUCCCGCUCAGCCUUCUCACACACUCCAAACUGUUUCCCCUCCCCACUAUUCCAGAGGCAUAUUUACCCUCACAACAUGUUGUUUUCCUUUGGUUUUGUCUUCACUGAUCAUGAAUUAUGAUUUAUUGAUUCUGGUCUGGAACCACACAUCUAGCCAAUAGAAGCAAAGGGUAUACCUUUCUCUUUUUCCCAGAUUGCCUGAUGCAGUAAUUCUGCUGGAGGUUAUUGAUGGACUAUUAAUUAUGAUAAAGUUAAGUAAGGGCACUAGAAAAGCCUGGGGCCAGUUGAAGCAAACACGUAUUAGGAGCAACUGUUCCUCUGCUCCUUUCAGGUCAGUGUAUAUUCUAAACCAAGGGCAACAACAUUCUUUGCCUGCUCUGUGUGGUGCGCUGGUGCAUAACAAAGUUUCUUGAAAGUCAGAUUUAUGUAACAAAUCAGAUGUGUAGAUAAAAGUUGAUUUUUCUACUGCCAUGGCUCUCUGGGGGGUUAGAAAACAAGGGAGCAGAAGAUGUUGUGCAUUUACCAUGAGGACAAUUAAAUUUGGCAGGCACAACUCAAUAGUAUCCUGUUCUAGUUUCCCCUGUGUAGACUUUGGGUACAUCACUGCCAACAUAUUUGGUGUUUUAGCUGUUAUUGCUGGUACACUGAAAUGCCAUGUCUGUCAACAUCAUUCUGUUGACUCUGGAAGAGUCACUGCAUGGUAAGACAAGGUUAGAUAAACAAAUCCAACUGCCUGAAGGAGUGUUUGGGCAAUAGACCCUGCUGCUGGCUUCCUUCCCUGACAUACUGGCCUUUUUCUGUGGUGGCAGCCCAGCCCUUCUGCACCCGAUCUCUCUGCUCAGUGUUGGUUAUUCUUGUUUGGACAGUUCUGAAAUGAUGGAGCUGCGGCCUGAUAUUGAAUUCCCAUAGCUGGGGAUGGUUAUUGGAAUGUGGACAGCUCUUGUGUUGAGCCUUGCUCCUCCUCCUCUGGAUAUAUGUGCAAUUUGGGGAUGUAUUAUAUGAAAAACCGUGUAAGUGUUUACGUUGCAUUACAAAUUAACCAUACGUUA